CCCGCAAACCGCAAUUCCAUCUCUGCUUAGCAGACCUUAGCAAUUUUGUCAAGUCUUAUCCGCACUACCAGCUACCAGUAAACGGCAGUCUCUUACAGACUGACAUGACUGUUACCGCCUGCUCUGCCCAUGAUGAAUAAGAACUGGAACGAUCGGGCCGACAAGGACCUCUUCUUCACCAUCCUGUCGGUAAAAAAUAUCGGCGUCAUCAGCGGAUCAGAAUGGGUCACGAUCGGCAACCACAUGCGGUCACUGGGCUACGGCUUCACAAAUGAAGGAUGCCGCCAGCACUUCCAGGGUCUCCGUAGGGCCCAGAACAAAGCAGAGACCAAUGGCGCUACCGGCGACAGCCCUAGGAAAAUUGAUCCGACGCUGAACCCCAUCACCCGGAGACCCGGCCCGGGUAGAGGACGACCUAAGAAGCAAAAGUCCGGUGCUGCUGCUGCUGCUGCUGCUGUUGCGGGCCCUGCAAAUGCGGCCCCAGGUGCACCUGGCGGUCCUCCGCUUGUCCCCGGCGCGCCCCCGCCGGGCGCUGGUGCUCCCGGGGUCCCUGGCGCUCCUUCCCUCCCCGGCGUGCCUACUGUCUCCGGUGUUCCUUCCGGCCCUCCUGGCCCCAGUGUGACCGGGGCACCCCAGCAGAUCCCGAAUGCACCUCCUGUUCAAGGGAUGCCGCCCGGUCAAGCACUCCCUGGUGCACCGCCUCAUCCUGCUCUUCCUGGUCAUCUUGCCCAACCUGCCAAUCCGGGUGUUGCGCCUCAAGCCCAGAUGUCCGAACCUGACGACGAUCUUGCCGUGGAUCCGAACCUUGAAGAUGACCUCGAAGAGCAGCCUGCCAAGCGUCCUAGGUUGAACGAGAGCCAGGAUUCUUCUAUCGAAGACGAGACCGUGCUGAGUGGGCUCUCAGUCAACAACAACCCGACACCUGGCGGCGAGUACACAUCGGAAUACACCUACGGCGAUGCUUAAUCAGUAUUGCCAUCCGUUUCGAAGUUCAAUAUGUGGGGCGUCUCGGGUGUUUGGCUCUUUCCGUCGUCGCCAAAGUGCUUGAACGGCAAGCUCUGUGAGGUGGACUCGUUUUGGGACUGCUUCCCUGGGGUUUAUUCGGAGUUUUGGCGCCUUGUACACAUGUAUUCGCUGACUUUCCUUCGGUGAGAUCAAGAAAAUCAACAUCGCUACCUGCUACUUGCGUCCUCGGCCUUCCUUUGACCACUGUCAUUGAACCACAGGAAAUGAUACAUACUGCCGGCUUUCUACAGAAGCUGGAAUCACAAAGAGGCUUCCUGUAAUCGAUGAGUUUUGAUACUGCCUCUACUGGC